UAAAUAACUUUGAUAGGUUCAGUUUGGCUUCAUUCGUUUCCCUAUGUACGUCCCCUUUAUUAUCCACACAAUUGAACAUGCCUAACUCUUAUCACACACAUGGGAUGGGCAACGGUAGCACAAAUUGUGUUUUGCUUUGUAAUGAAACAAUAUGUAAAGUUUUUUGGCCUACCUUUGAUAUUCCAAUACCAGUACUGCAAGAACUCUUGGAGUUAAAUUUCCUUUUUCUGUCUUCUUCCUCAAACAAUCAGAUUCCUCUUCUUUUAAUUUUAGUACUGCCCAUACCCCAUAGUUAACAAGUAUCUAUACACAUCACUUCUAAGUUCUCACUUCUCACUUCAUAUGUUCACCCUGCCACCACAUCCUUAAGAAAAACUGCCCUAUAUGGCAGCUUUCAUCUCUGAGUUAAAGCUUCAAUCCAGAAAACUCAUUGUUUUCCUCAACAUAUCUUUCAUCUUCCUCCUCUGUCUCCUUCUAAAAGCUUACCUCCAUCCACCAAACUCAAAUUUUCAUGGCCAGCCCAACAAUGUUCCCCUCACAACCAUCUUCAACCAUGCUAGGUUGCUUAGUGAUGUUACUCUUGAUGGCUGCACUGACCUCCAUAAGUAUUCAGAUUACACUUCUAAGUGCUCAUAUGUCAAAAGCCAUCUUGAUUGCAGGUCAAAAGGGUACAUAAACUAUAUUCUAAUCUUCUAUUGCAAUCUAGGCCAGUCCCCAAUUUUAGGACAUGUUCUCCUUGCCUUGUGGCUUGUGGUUUUGUUCUAUCUUUUAGGUGACACAGCUUCCAAUUACUUCUGCAAUUCCUUAGAAGGAUUGUCCAACAUCUUGAGGCUCUCUCCCACUAUUGCUGGGGUAACCCUGCUUUCUCUGGGAAAUGGGGCUCCAGAUUUUUUUGCAAGCAUGGUUUCCUUCACAGGAUCUAACAGCAAUGGUGAAGUUGGUCUUAACAGCAUUCUUGGAGGGGCUUUUUUUGUGUCUUGCCCUGUCUUGGGGAUUAUAAGCAUUCUGAUUAGCACAAAAGAUGUUGCAGUUGAUAAGGCCAGUUUCAUCAGGGAUGUACUUUUCUUCCUUUUCUCUCUGCUCACCCUCCUCAUCAUCUUUUCCAUUGGUAAAAUCACCUUGUUUGGUUCAAUCUGCUAUGUUUCUCUUUACUUCCUUUAUGUCUGUGCUGUCUCAGCUACACAUCUUUUCUAUGGUGGAGAUACUAUAGAAAGGGAAUUCAAAGUCAUGUCUUUGGAUGAGUUACUAGAGUCUGGCAAUGGCAUACCACUGUUAGGCUAUGUUGAUGAUGAGAAAGAGAAACCAAAUUUGGCAGAAAAAGUGGUUGUUGAAGAUAUGGAGGAAAUGCCAGAAUGUAUUUACUUGGGGAAGUUUCUACAAUUACUAGAGUUACCUCUUUGGUUACCAAGAAGGCUUACUAUACCAGUGGUUUGUGAGGACAAGUGGUCUAAGCCAUAUGCUGUUAUAUCUGUCACAUUAGCACCAGUUUUGUUGGCUGCACUUUGCAAUGUCCAGAGGGAAAGAUUAGGUUCAAGGAACAGUCUUGUUAUGUACUUGGUAACUGCUUUGAUUGGCAUAGUUUUGGGGAAUAUGGCAUGUGUGACUACAAAGAGAUGUAGCCCACCAAAAAAGUCAUUGUUUCCAUGGCUAGCAGGGGGUUUUGCUAUGAGCAUAACAUGGACUUAUAUUCUUGCUCAGGAGCUGGUUUCCCUGUUGGUUUCAAUAGGGAACAUCAUUGGGAUUAGCCCUUCAAUCCUAGGGUUAACUGUCCUAGCUUGGGGUAACUCUCUUGGUGAUUUGAUAGCCAAUGGUGCCAUGGCUCUGAAUGGUGGGGCAGCUGGGGCCCAAAUGGCUGUUUCUGGUUGCUAUGCUGGGCCCAUGUUUAACACUUUGAUGGGCUUAGGCUUUCCUCUUGUUCUCUCUGCAUGGUCUGAACAUCCAGAGCCUUAUGUCAUUCCUAAGGAUAAUUCUCUCUAUCAAACCAUUCUGUUCUUGAUGGGAGGGGUGCUUUGGGCACUUGUGAUAUUGCCAAAGAAGAAUAUGAGGCUGGAUAAAGCAUUGGGAGCAGGGCUCUUGAGUGUGUACCUGUGCUUUCUGUUUAUAAGGAUAGCCAUGGCUAUUGGUUUUCUGAAAGUCUAGAUGUGGUUUCUAAGGGGAAACAUGGGUCCAUAUAUUGUGGCCCCUCUCAAGAAAUUUAUCAUACAUAGCAAAAUCAGCAUUUUCAGUCUGUAAAUUCAUUUAUCUUUUGUUUUAUUUCUAGUUAUUUAUGAGUCAUUUAACAUUAUAAUUGUAAGUAGGUACUUAUCUAACUUGAUCAUAAAAGGAAUUUCUUAUCUACUCC